AUGGACGACUCUCCCACAAUUUCAAGCAAACUCAUCCUUCCUCCUGACAUACUUUACGAAAUUGCUCAAAUUCUCAUAGAGCAUGAAGCCCGUCGGACCCUUCUCAGUCUUUGUCUCACCUCAAAAAGGAUGUACUGCCUCACCACCCAAAUACUAUUUGGUCAUACAACCGUGAAACUGGACCGAGACAUGGUAUGCCAUCUACUGCAAUUUCUCUUCGAUUACUUCUCUGGUCCCCACUCGACAAACUGCACGACCGUGGAGGAUCGUUCGCGUCGGGAUAUCUGGGCUCCAGAAUUCAUUACAAGGGACGGACAUACCCGGACGGCGUGGAAAUGUCAAUGGGUGAAUCACUUAUGGAUUCUCGACGUCGAUCUUCUUUGCCUCCCGGAAAUCUCGGGACGGUUUGCGUCCCUUGGCAAUGCUCUCUUUCCUCGCCUCAAUUACUUAAAUCUGGUGACGGAUAGAGAUAGCGACUACAUCGUCAGCUCGGCAUUGAAGAUCGUAGCACCAAGCGGAAGUAUCAGAAGUAUCAGCAUAAUUCGCCCACGAGGAUCCCGGUCAGAGUGGGAUGUCGACGGACUUUGGCCCUUUGUGAAGGAAGGUUUGUACUUUCAAUCGAUGGAGCGCAAGACUGAACGAAUCCUUAUGGUCGAUCAGGAUAUUUGGCGCAUCUUCAGCGACCGCUUCUCUUACGAUCGAAACUCCAAUGAAUACCGAACUCUGUUAAACCUACUCCGCAAAUGGUCUACAAUGAAAAAUAGCAAUGUUGCAAUGACACCCCACCUGGUUGUUAACGUCCGUAGGAGUAAAUUGAAUGGCCAACUUGUGGGAAACGCAGGUCAGCAGUGGGUCCUUCACGCACUAGCCCAACUGGGCCCUGGAACGGAGGAUCUCAAGGAGUUGUCUUGGAGUGACGUGGAGCCCCUCAUACAAUUCAAACUUGUCCACUCAUACGUCUGCAUACUGUGCGGCGCAUGUGGCGUAUCGGCACUAUUCAAACAUCAGAGUGGUCUUUGCCACUGGUGCGUGGCUGAUCACCUUGCGAAGGAAUUUUAA